AUGUCGUAUUUGGAGGUUGCAGUGCCUAAUAGGAUUAAUUUUCAUGUUUAUGAAUAUAUCUACAGUGACUGUGCAUGCAGAAUGGGAAGUAAUCAGGAGGAAGGGGACGAGCAAGCAAGGGAUGAUUUUCAAGGCCCGCUUUACGCAAUCGAGCAUUUGAUUGAACUAUUUCUGGAAUAUGGACGUGAUGCUGAUGGAGAGCGACGUGGUAGAUUACCGCUGCGGCAGGUUAUGCAGAGGCAUGUGUUGUGGACUUUUUAUUUAAGAAUUAGUUUUAAUUGUUUCUAG